CAGAGCCAGUGUAGUGCACAGACUGGCGGCAGCCCUCAGACAGUGGGACGUUUUCGCCAAAGGAUUCUGUUUGAAAAAUAAUCUCCUUCAUGUCGACUUUGUUGGAUAGCUACCCGCCGAUGCUAUGGUUACCUUUAUUACGAUCUUGCAGGUAAAUCUAGUGAUGUCCAUCCUGCUGUAUGUCAUGGUCCUCAUGUACCUCUAUGGUAUCCAGGCGACGCACAUGGACAGCAGCCGCCAGGGGCAACAUCAGGAGCAGCAGCCGAAUCCCGACCCGUUGAACUCCCUCAUCAUCCAGCUGCUACAGGCCGACCUGACGAGGGGGAGGACCAGGGGGAACGAGAGCCAACAGGGGGGGAGCAGGGACUCGCUGUCGCCUCACCUCUCUGCAAACUUUCCCUCAGAGGAGCAGGGCGAUGUGGAGCGUUGGGGGGGUCGCAGCGGGGGGAGCAGUGACGACGUGGUGUUGAACUCAAACCUUCUCAGGCAACACAAGCGAUACAACUCACCUCGAGUGCUACUGAGCGACCGGCCCCCCCUUCAGCCCCCGCCGCUGUACCCCUCGGACGAUUACGUGAGCGGUGGGUUGGACGGAGGGGCGGCGGGGAACAAGACACGGAAGAAGCGUUAUGCUGAGCACAAGAGCUACCGUGGGGAAUAUUCUGUGUGCGACAGCGAGAGCCAGUGGGUGACAGAUAAAACCAAUGCAGUGGACACCGAAGGGCAAGCUGUCACUGUACUGGCCAAAAUUAAAACCAGCGCCACGCAGAACAUCAAACAAUACUUUUUUGAGACGCGCUGUCGGAACCCAAGGCCCUUCAAAGGGGGCUGCAGGGGCAUCGAUGAUAAGAACUGGAACUCGCAGUGCAAGACGACGCAGACUUAUGUCCGCGCGCUGACGCAAGUUCGCAAUUUAGUUGGCUGGAGGUGGAUACGCAUAGACACUUCCUGCGUCUGCGCGUUGUCGAGGAAACGUCCGAGACAUAGGACGUAAUCAAAACAAUUCAAGCCUUGCUGGUGACAGCCUGUUUGAAAUUCUACUUCCUGCAUAGGAUUUUUUAUUUCCUGUCACAGUUCACCACGGGAUUAUGAAUCAUGUUGUAAGGACACUUUGCUAAAGAAACUUCUACUGAAGAAACCUUGGGUCCACUUAAAAUUCACAUCAAUGUGCUGCAAAUCCACCACGGUGCAAUUGCCGCCGCAGAAGAACUCGUUUGAGAGGGGCUGGGGGGGGGGAGGGAGUGUGUGACGGGGAACUGUACAUAUAAAUUAUUUAAAUUAUAUGAAAUGCAUGUAGUUUAUACAUGUUUAUCUAUCUAUAUAUGACGUAUGAAUAUAUUUGUGUUAUUUAUUGAAAGAAAUCUUCUUAAAAAAGGAAGAGAAUGUCUAUGAAAAAGGAAUGAAACAAGCUAUGAACUCAUUUUGAGACUUUAUUACAGAGCUGGGCUGCAAAGGUGCUCGACAGUAGGACUUUACAUGUGCCUUGACCCGUGUGGCUGCAGAGCAGAGAGAUAGGACACAGGAACUCACACACAGCCGUUGCCACAAAUGUUUUAUGGAUGAACCUAAAAAGUGACGGUCCUGUCCCAUAGACAAAUAUGGGUCCACAUUCCUAGAAUUUCCCCUUAAUGAGGUGUCAGGCAUCCUGUGACCAAAACACUUAUCUGAGAUUUGUGACCAAGUAUGUACAUUCACACUGCAUUAUACUGCUGUAAAAAAACAAGUCCGUUCAUUCCUCUGGGAGAGAGUUUUGAAAAAAUUAAAAAUAAGAAUU